AAUUGUUGCUGUUGUUGUUGUUAUUAUCAUCUAUCGGUAAUUGUUGCGGUAUUCGCGGACAAAACGAUUUUGGGCGGGUCAGCAGGUGUGUUUCCGCUGAAGUCUGAGCGAGUAGUCUGUUCGAAAUUUAGGUAUUUUGGUCUGAUCGUCGACGAAACAAAAAUGAACUACGGCAGCAAGACAACGUUCAUCGGUUUUGACACGGACAAACGCAAAUUGCCGCUGUCCAAGAGGUUUGUGAUGUAUGCCUACGAUAAGGACACUGGAGAAAUAUUUGGUCGCACGCCGUCCAGUUGGGCCAAAAUUGGAUUAUUUUAUACAGCGUUUUAUUUAUCGCUUGUUGCUAUGUUUGGAGUAGUUUUGUGGUUUUUUUUCCAAACUCUUGAUCCUCGUACUCCAACUAGACAACUUGAACAUUCACUAAUUGGAACAAAUCCAGGUUUGGGAUUUAGACCUAUGUCUAAUGAAACUCACAGCACUUUAAUUCAUAUCAAUAGUAAAUCUGUUCAAGAUUAUUCAGUGUGGACAGAAAGACUCGUCAAAUUUUUAGAUGUGUACAAGAAACCAGGUUUGACACCAGGAAGAGGUCAAAAUAUCGCAACUUGUAAUUACGAUAAACCUCCUGGAAAAGGAAAGGUCUGUGAUAUUGAUGUGAAAGCAUUUAAUUCUUGCACGGAAGAAAAUCGGUUCAAUUUUCAUCGCCAAGGACCUUGUAUUUUUCUUAAGCUGAAUAAAAUUUAUGGUUGGAAUCCUAUAUUUUAUGAUAAUCCAAAUGACCUACCACACGAUAUGCCAAAAAGUUUGAAAGACCACAUCAAAAAAAUAACCAAUCCAGAGGAAUUGAGAACUGUAUGGGUAUCAUGUGAAGGAGAAACUGUGUCAGACAAAGAACUCAUUGGGCCAAUGGCAUAUUGGCCCAUUCCUGGAUUUCCUGGUUACUUCUUUCCAUUCGAAAACUCUGAAGGAUACCUAAGCCCUUUGGUUGCAAUUCAUUUCAAAAGUCCAGCAAAAAGUAUUGUAAUCAACAUUUUGUGCAAAGCAUGGGCAAAAAAUAUUGUUCAUAAAAAAAAUGGCAUAAACAGAGGAUCUGUGCAUUUUGAAUUGAUGAUGGAUUAACAUAUCAUCAUACAUUUUAUAAUUUUUAAGUACCAAAUUUAUUUUUAAACAAUGUUACAAGAUUUGCUUGCUUUGAUUAAAAGUUGGACUUAUUGUUUAUUUAUUACUUUAUUCUCUACAACGAUGGUGUAACAAAAAUUCUUUGUUUGGAAUUAUUGUAUAUUAAGUAUUCCAUGUAGUUUUGCUGGUUACCAGUCUUACAAUUACAACUCUUAAGUUACAUCAUUGUUGAUGAUAAAUUAUGAAUUAUUAAUUGUCUUUUACAUUAUUUUUUUACAUGUCAAACUAUGCACAUAUCAAUGAUAAAAACUUCGGUUUUAAGUACAUUAUUUCAUUAAUUUUAUUCUAUAACUUUUAUCAUAUGUUUAAACUAUAUUUUUUUUAACCAUGUUAUAUUUAUGAUUCGUCCAAUGUAUACCAAUAUUAUUAAUUAUUAUGUAUCUCGUCAUAACACAAAAUCCAACACAUAUUGAAGACUGAUUUUUUAACAAGACAUCUUUUAAACUAAUAAAAAUACUCCUCCAAGAUUCAUAUGUAAUAAUAAGUUAUUUUUUUUACAAUUACACAUGUGUUGUCAAAUUAUAAAUACUAUUGUGUGUGCUAGAAUAAUAAUUAACAAUUUGUGUUCAAUAAGUCUAGAAGUUAAGCAAUUAUGAUCUGACUAUUAAAUUAUGCUUUUCUAAGCAUUAUUUAGAAUUAAGUAUAACAUUGUUUAAUGCAUGGAAAUAAUUGACAUAAUUUAAAAA